AUGCGCCUGCAGCACCAUCAUCCGCGACCAGCACCGCACGCAGUGGCUGUCGAUGCCGCCACCCAGGGCAACAGCAGCAGCAGCCUGGACCUGCGGCCACCCGUCAUGAUCAACAGCUGUACUGGUCGGAUGGGCCACUCCGCUGCGGAGGCGGUCGUGCGCGCGGGCCUGCAGCUCGUCCCCUUCACACUCACCGGCUUCUCGGCCGGCGUGGCGGUGUCGAAUAUCGGCAUCAGCGGCAUCCCUGUCGAGCUGGUCGGCAAGGAGCGGCGGCAGGAGGCCAUGGAUGUGGUGAAGGAUCGGUACCCCGGCCUGGUAGUGGUUGACUACACCAUGCCAAACUGCGUCAACGACAACGCGGAGUUCUACGCGCGCAACGGCGUGCCGUUUGUCAUGGGCACCACCGGCGGGGACAGGGCCAAGGUGGCGGCGGCGGCCGAGGCGGCCGGCGUGUAUGCGGUCGUGGCGCCCCAGAUGGGCAAGCAGGUGGUCGCCUUCCAGGCGAUGAUGGAGGUCAUGGCGCAGCAGUACCCUGGCGUGUUCACCGGCUACAGCCUCACCGUCACUGAGAGCCACCAGCGUAACAAGGCCGACGUCAGCGGCACGGCCAAGGCGGUGGUCGCGUCGCUGCGGCAGAUGGGGGUCGAGGGCUUCAAGGACUCUGACAUCCGCAAGAUACGCGACCGCGAGGGGCAGCUGCAGAUGGGCGUCCCUGAGGACCAUCUAGGGGGCCACGCAUUCCACACGUACACUCUCACAUCGCCAGAUGGGUCUGUGCAGUUCAAGUUUAAGCACAAUGUGGUGGAGCGGUCCAUUUACGCGGAGGGCACUGUGGAUGCCGUGCUGUUUCUGGCCAAGAAGAGGGCGGAGGCUGCAAAAGAGAAGGUGUACAACAUGGUGGAUGUGUUGCUGGAGGGCUCCCUGAGAUGA